UGACAUCGAAUCGGGCGAGCUGCUACAGCGGGUUAGGGGCCGUCGAGUCGGUGGAGUAAAGAGUCUCUCACUCUCACCCUAAACCCUAAACCCUAAACCCUGAACCCCGAACGUUUCGGAAAUAGCUGUUUAUAAUCUUUUUUAUUAUACAUUUUUAUCUUUCUUCUUUCCUUCCCAGAGCCGCCGCCGCCUCUUCUCUCAGUCUCUCACUCUGUUGUAAAACCAAUUAGUAAACAUGGUGCAGCAUAACUUUAAGAAGAUGACUGUUGUACCAAAUGGGAAGGACUUCAUUGACAUAAUCCUAUCUCGCACCCAGCGGCAGACCCCAACUGUAGUCCACAAGGGUUAUGCAAUUUCCCGCCUUCGUCAGUUCUAUAUGCGCAAGGUGAAAUAUACCCAACAGAAUUUUCAUGAGAAGCUCUCCACAAUUAUUGAUGAGUUUCCUAGGCUUGAUGAUAUCCACCCUUUCUAUGGCGACCUUCUUCAUGUUCUCUACAACAAAGAUCACUUCAAGCUUGCACUGGGCCAAAUCAAUGCUGCAAGGACCCUUAUUGGAAAGAUUUCUAAAGACUAUGUGAAAUUGUUGAAGUAUGGUAAUUCACUUUACCGAAGCAAAUGUCUCAAGGUCGCUGCUCUUGGCCGUAUGUGCACGGUGAUAAAGAGGAUCGGUCCUAGUUUAGCUUAUCUAGAACAAAUUAGGCAACACAUGGCAAGGCUACCUUCAAUUGACCCUAAUACCAGGACAGUAUUGAUUUGUGGGUAUCCAAAUGUUGGAAAGAGUUCAUUCAUUAACAAGAUUACUAGGGCUGAUGUGGAUAUCCAGCCCUAUGCUUUUACCACCAAAUCACUCUUCGUGGGACAUACAGAUUAUAAAUACUUGAGGUACCAGGUAAUUGAUACGCCGGGGAUUUUGGACCGACCUUUUGAAGACCGUAAUAUAAUUGAGAUGUGCAGCAUCACAGCUCUGGCCCACUUGAGAGCUGCGGUGUUGUUCUUCUUGGAUAUCUCGGGGUCUUGUGGGUACAACAUUGCCCAACAGGCAUCUCUUUUUCACAGCAUUAAGUCUCUAUUUAUGAACAAACCACUGAUUAUAGUCUGCAACAAGACUGACUUGCAGCCACUGGAGGGCAUAUCCGAGGAAGACAAGAAGUUGGUCGCAGAGAUGAAAAAUGAAGCAAUGAAGACAGUGAUUGGUCAAGGAGGUGAGGCUACAAACGAUGAGGGGGUACUCUUGACCAUGAGCACUUUGACCGAGGAAGGGGUGAUUUCUGUAAAGAAUGCAGCUUGUGAGAGGUUGUUGAAUCAGAGAGUAGAAUUGAAGAUGAAAUCGAAAAAAAUAAAUGAAUGCUUAAAUCGUUUUCAUGUUGCAUUGCCAAAGCCUCGGGACAGCAAGGAAAGGCCCCCGUGUAUACCUCAGGCAGUUUUAGAGGCUAAGUCUAAGCAAGCAGCGGAGAAGGAAAAGAGGACUACAGAAAGGGAUUUGGAGAAUGAGAAUGGCGGUGCUGGUGUGUACUCUGCCAGUUUGAAGAAGCACUAUAUCUUAGCUAAUGACGAAUGGAAAGAGGAUGUCAUGCCAGAAAUUCUUGAUGGGUACAAUGUAUGUGACUUUGUUGAUCCUGAUAUAUUUCACAGGCUUAAGGAGUUGGAACGAGAAGAAGGACUCCGGCACAAAGAGCAGGGUGAUGAUGAUUUUGAGAUGGAUGCAUUGAAACUGACUCCAGAAGAGCAAAAGAUGUUGGCGGGGAUAAGGAAAAAGAGAAGCAAGUUCAUUCAACAACAUAGAAUCAAGAAGAGUACAGCAGAGAGUCGACCAAUUGUACCAAGGAAAUUCAACAAGGAUAGGGAGUUCACAACAAAGAGAAUGGGGAGGCAGCUUACAAAGUUGGGGAUUGAUCCUACUAUGGCAAUUAAUCGAGCCCGAAGCAGAUCUGUCUCCAAGGGUCGGAAGAGGGAGCGAUCAGUUGACGGGGGUGAUACUGAUGGUGGGGAUGCUAUGGACAUGGAUGUUGAUGCACCCAACAAGAAGCAGCUCAUGUUAUCUAGAUCCCGCUCCCGCUCAAGAUCAAGGCCUCCAACUGAAGUUGUCCCUGGAGAGGGCUUCAAGGACUCUUCCCAAAAGGCCAAGGCAAUAAAGAAGGCCAGGAAAUCUAAUACGAUGCGAAACAAGAAUGCUCGUCGUGGAGAGGCUGAUAGGGUCAUUCCCACUUUAAAGCCAAAGCACUUGUUUUCUGGAAAACGAUCAAUUGGAAAAACUCAAAGGCGCUGAAUGUUUUUGAGGUAUAUUCAAGACUGAAUUCAUGCGCUCAAUCUUCUUGAUGCAUAAGCUAGAAAUCAACAUGUCUUUUGUUCUUGCAGGGUGGUAGGUUCGUGCUUUUGGAGUAUUACGUAUGCACUUGCUGCUGAAAUGGAACUUAGUUCCUUUGUUUCUGUUCUGGCCCGGCAGGAGCUUGCAGCAUGCGAGAUGAAGCAACCAGUCUUGGUUGUUUUAUUACUUUUUAGUUGUGUUUUUGUUUAGGAAAUUUUGGAUCCGAGACAUUCCCGAACUACAAUGUUUUGUGUAGAGUUGAGUUUACAAUUAAUUGGUUACUUUGUUCCUUUUGCUUGUAAUUUGACAACGUGUGAACCUGGCCCAAAUGAAAUUGCAGUUUGUGUUUAUACACAUUCAAGUUAAA